GAUUUUUGGCGUGGACUAUAAGUGGAGUUGGAGGCCACCUGACGCGGUUGGCGUUUUUUCAUUCCUCUUAAUUUUGGCGCUGUUGCUUUCAGUCGUGGGUUCAAAUCAACGCAACAGAAGAUGUAUGUAUGGUUGGAAUCACGAGGUAAGCCCUCUCCAUACUCACGUUUACUCCGCACGCAUGCAUUAACGUUGCGCUUCGAUUAUAAUCAGAGUUUGGAUGAUGAACAGUGACAUAUGAGAAAUCAAAAGUCUGCAAUUAGUGAGGAGAAAUGAAGAAAUGGUACCGUGGAGUUAUAGCCACAUCUUCGUUGAUGUUACUAUUUCUAGGAUUAUAUAUGAUCAGAAAUCCAAUCAAUGGAAGCUCCUUCAAUCCCCUAAACCUCAACAGGACAGAUCCUCUGGGGCGGGUUAACAUGAGUGCUCCCCCUGCUCGAUCAAAUCCGAAUAACAGUCCUCAAGUGAUCUCUGCCGAAGUUGUUGUUGCCGAUUUCUUUACAAAAAGAAACCUAUCGAAGAAAGAAGAAAGAGCUUUACAAACAUGGAACCAUAUGCACUACUUGGUUGCAAAUCCUCAGGGCUUACCCAAUGCGGCUGAAGCCAUUAAAGAAGCCGGCAUUGCCUGGAAAAGCCUGAUCACCUCUGUGGAAGAGGAAAAAAUGAAAAGUAACGGAAGUUUGCCGAAGAAAGGGAACAAGAAACAGUGUCCUCAUUUUAUCAGUAAGAUGAACACCUCUAAACAUGAUGGCAAUGGCUUUAAGUUUCCGGUGCCGUGUGGCUUGACUCAGGGCUCGUCGAUCACAUUCAUAGGCAUUCCUAAUGGUCUUCUUGGCGAUUUCCGUGUUGAUCUGACUGGCGAACCGCUUCCGGGGGAACCGGACCCUUCAAUUAUUUUGCACUAUAAUGUUAGGCUUCAUGGUGAUAAAACUACUGAGGAUCCUAUAAUUGUUCAAAACACUUGGACUGUUGCACAUGAUUGGGGUGAAGAGGAGCGCUGUCCGUCUCCGAAUCCGGAAAAAAUUAAGAAAGUGGAUGAAAUGGAGCAAUGCAAUGAGCUGGUGGGUAGAGAGAACAAUCAGACAAUUAGAUCAUCGAAGAAUUCCACGGCUUAUGAUUCGAGAAAGUACUUUCCUUUCAAGCAAAACGAUCUGUUUGUAUCGACUCUCCGAGUUGGUGUGGAAGGAAUUCAAAUGACUGUAGAUGGGAAGCAUGUUACUUCAUUUGCUUUCCGCGAGGCAUUGGAGCCAUGGCUAGUUAGUGAAGUUACGAUUUCUGGGGACAUAAAUUUACUCUCUGUUGUUGCUAGUGGUUUGCCGACAUCCGAGGAUUCAAACCAUGUAAUCGACUUAGAAUCUCUUAAAGCUGUUCCAUUACCUCCUCGAGGGGAGCUGAAUUUCUUCAUCGGUGUUUUCUCCACUGCAAACAACUUCAAGCGUCGAAUGUCUGUCCGAAGAUCAUGGAUGCAGUACCCCGAGGUUCGAUCAGGACAGGUCGCUGUCCGGUUCUUCGUUGGUCUGCACAAAAACCAAAUGGUGAACGAGGAACUUUGGAAUGAGGCAACGACGUAUGAAGACAUUCAGCUGAUGCCAUUUGUCGAUUACUACAGUCUCAUUACAUGGAAGACGAUAGCGAUAUGUAUGUUUGGGAGUGAGAUUGUCCCGGCUAAUUUUAUUAUGAAGACGGAUGAUGACUCGUUUGUUCGUAUCGAUGAAAUCUUGAAUACAUUAAGAAGCUCAAAUGCGACUCGCGGCUUGCUUUAUGGCUCUGUUAGCUCAGAUUCGCAGCCUGAUCGCGAUCCAGACGGAAAGUGGUACAUUAGUACUAAGGAAUGGCCGGAUGAUAAAUACCCGCCUUGGGCGCACGGUCCUGGCUACGUCGUGUCAAAAGACAUAGCGACGACAGUUUCUAGAGAGCACCGAGCUGGACGACUAAAGGUAUUCAAGCUUGAAGAUGUUGCCAUGGGAAUGUGGAUUGCAGAUAUGCAAAAGAAGGGAUUGCGAGCAAAGUACAAAAAUGACGAAAGGAUUAUUAUCGACGGCUGCAAGGACGGGUAUGUUAUUGCCCACUACCAAGGCCCCCGAGAACUCCUAUGUUUAUGGCAAAACAUUCGAGACAAAAAAGGCGCCAUUUGCUGCGGAUUUUGAUGAGGAAAAUCGAAAAGGCGAUGACUAAUAUAGUUUGUAGAAAGGCACACAAUGUUCAUUGUA